AUGGUUGAAUUGCUAGAAAAGAAAAGGAAAAUAGAAGCCUCUGGAGCUUUGCAAAAGGCGCCAAGACCUUCUAGAAUCUUCAGUCCUUUCAGAGUUUUGGGAAAUGUAACUGAUUCAACUCCAUUCGCCAUAGGUACUUUGGGAUCAACUUUUUAUGCCGUUACAUCUGCAGGAAGAACAUUUCAAAUUUACGACUUGGCCACAUUACACUUGUUGUUUGUAUCUCAAACACAGACCAAGUCUAAGAUUACCUGCUUUGCCACUUAUCGUCAUUACGUAUUUGCAGCUUAUGCCAACGAAAUUGGAGUCUACAGACGAGGCAGGUUGGAGAAGACAUUGACUUGUGAAACUUCAGGAAUCCUUACCCAUCUAUGCUAUUUUGGAGAGUAUCUAGUUAGCGGCAGCUCAGAGGGCGACUUAUUUGUAUUCAAAAAACUGCAGGAUUCAAAAUUCCCAACUGAAUUACACUCUGCAAUCAAAGCAGUUAACACCGGUGUUGAUGGAGAUAUUGUUGGCAUUGUUCAUCCUCCCACAUACUUGAACAAAGUCGUGGUAGCCACUACCACCUCAAUAGUAAUAGUAAAUGUACGCCUGGGGAAAGUGUUGUUCAAAUCCCCACAACAUCAAUUUGGAGAGGCAAGUAUUUCCUGCAUUGAAUGUGCUCCUGCCCUUGACAUUGCAGCCAUUGGAACUACCACGGGAGAUGUUUAUAUCUACAACUUGAGAAAAGGCAUGGUUUUGGGAGACAAGAUUACCACAUCAGGGUCGGAAUCAUCAGCAAAUGUGACAUCAAUUUCGUUCAGAACAGAUGGACAACUGCAUUUGGUUGCAAGUUUGAAUAACGGUGACUUGUAUUUUCACGACUUGGAUAAGAACGCUCGUGUUCAUGUAUUGAGAAAUGCUCAUAAGGAAACAUUUAACGGCGUUGCAAAGGCACAGUUUUUGAAUGGACAACCAAUUGUUUUAACAAACGGUGGUGAUAACCAUUUGAAAGAGUUUGUUUUCGAUCCAAGCCUUUCCUCCACAAAUUCGUCCAUCAUUACACCUCCACGUCAUUUGAGGUCAAGAGGUGGUCACUCUGCUCCACCAGUAGCAAUAACAUUUCCUGAAGAAGACAAAACUCAUUUCCUAUUAAGUGCAUCCAGAGACCGAUCAUUCUGGACUUUUUCAUUAAGAAAGGAUGCACAAGCACAAGAGUUUUCUCAAAGAAUGCACAAGUCAAAGGAUGGCAAGAGGCAAGCAGGAGUUGUUACUUCCCUCAAAGAGAAAUUUCCUGAAAUCAUUGCAAUCUCCUCAUCAGAGGCAAGAACUGGUGAUUGGGAAAAUAUAAUUACUGCGCACCAGGAUGAGCAAUUUGCCAGAACUUGGGACUCGUCUACGAAAAGGGUUGGGCGGAAUGUACUAAACACCGUCGAUCAGGGCUUUUGCAAGGCCGUUUGUAUUUCUCAAUGUGGUAAUUUUGGUCUUGUCGGGUCCUCAUUAGGAGGUAUUGGUGUUUAUAAUUUACAGUCGGGCUUAUUGAGAAAAAAGUACAUUUUGCACAAGCAGGCAGUGACAGGUCUUGCUAUCGAUGGAAUGAACCGAAAGAUGGUAAGCACUGGACUAGAUGGUGUAGUUGGAUUCUACGAUUUUGGCAAAUCAAAAUACUUGGGCAAGUUGCAAUUGGAUGCACCAAUUACUUCUAUGGUGUAUCACAAGCUGUCGGAUUUGAUGGCUUGUACAUUGGAUGACUUGUCAAUUGUUGUCAUUGAUGUUACCACACAGAAAGUUGUCAGAGUUCUUGUGGGACACUCGAAUCGAAUUUCAGGUUUGGACUUUUCCCCCGACGGAAGAUGGAUUGUUUCUGUUGGAUUAGAUUCCACUUUGAGAACAUGGGAUUUGCCCACCGGUGGAUGUAUUGAUGGUGUCGUAUUACCAGUGGUGGCUACAUCGGUCAAGUUUUCUCCAUUAGGCGACUUAAUUGCCACUACUCAUGUGUCAGGCAAUGGGAUAUCCUUGUGGACCAAUCGCGCUCAAUUCAAACCGGUUUCAACAAGGCAUAUUGAAGAGGAGGAAUUCUCUACGAUGUUGUUGCCAAACGCUGCAGGUGAUGGUGGAUCAACUAUUUUGGAUGGGGCUUUGGACGACAACGAAGACCAAGAUGCAUAUGCCUUAGGCAAGUACGACAGUAAGCCCCAACUUGAUGAAAGUUUGAUCACAUUGUCCCUGGGUCCUAGAACCAAGUUUUCUACCUUGCUUCAUUUAGACACAAUCAAGCAGAACAAUAAACCCAAGGAGGCGGUGAAAAAGCCGGAAAAAGCGCCAUUUUUCUUGACUUUAAGUGGCGAGACAGUGGGUGACAGAGCAUCAGUUGCUGAAGGUGCGCAACAAAAAGAAGAACAUCAUUCUACUGAAGAAAACAGUCGGCUAUUGUCAUUGAAUGGAGUAACUGGUCACUCAUUCGAAAGUCAAUUUACAAAGUCGUUGAGAUUAUCCGUUGAAAAUGGAGAUUAUACCACGUUUUUGGAAUAUCUCAUGAAGUUGUCUCCCGCUGCAUUGGAUCUUGAGAUCAGGUCUUUGAAUUCGCAGCCACCAUACGAAGAGAUGACAAGCUUCGUCAAGGCAUUGACUUUGGGCUUGGGGAGUAACACCAACUUCGAACUCAUUGAAACAAUUUUGUCUUUGUUUUUGAAAGUCCACGGAGAUGUUAUUCACCAAAGUGAAGAUUCUUCAAAGCUUCGUGCUGCUUUGAGCGACUACUCUCAAAUGAGCGAAAAGAUGAACGACAAGUUGGAUGAAGCCGUUAAAUAUUGCUCCAGUGUAAUCAAUUUUAUAGUAUAA